AUGGCUCCAGCUGAUGCAAAAAAGAAACUUGUAAAAAAGGCUAGUAAGAUGAUGCAUGCGUUCGAUCUGAUAAAAUGUGAAAUCCCGAAAAAUGUAACUAGUAGCGGUGAGGAAUUAACGUACUCAUUUUUGUGGGGUACGCAUCUGACGGAUGACCAGUUUGAAUGGGCCUUUCGCUUGUUCGUAGAUAACAUGCGAACUCUUUAUGAGAUGUCUCAGUGGGGUUAUGACCCAGAAAGUAAGAGGCAAGAACUGCGUGCUACUACUUCCAGAUAUAUAAUUGCGCAUGUCAACAAGAACAGACCAGUAGCGUACUGUCAUUAUCGUUUUGACGUAGACAAUGGAUUUGCUGUUUUGUAUUGUUAUGAGAUUCAAGUAGAACGAGAAUUUCAAGCUCUCGGAAUAGGGACUGCUUUAAUGACUAUGUUGGAGAUACUUGGCAAGAGAACUUCAAUGGACAAAAUAAUGGCAACUGUUUUUGCGUUCAACGAGAAGUCGUUGGGAUUUUUCCACAAGCUUGGUUUUUCAGCAGAUAUAACAUGCCCGGAUGCAGAACAAGAUCUUGACUAUUUAAUUUUAUCAAAGUCUUUAAAAAAUGCUUGA